AUGUCCGGCCGCAGCGACCUCGAAAAGGCCCAAAUCUUCUGCCGGGACAAUCCUAAGAGCCCGCUCUGCAAUGACGUGCCCGGCUUCUACGAGUACCGGGUCGACCUUGGGCCGAACGCCGCGUUCCUGGGCAUAUUCGGGGCGUCGCUCGCGGCCUUCACGCUCAUCCUGGUGGUCACGCGGCGCGGCGUGGCCUUCAACGUGGCGCUGAUGCUCGGCCUCGUCUGCGAGGUGCUGGGGUACCUGGGCCGGGUCCUCAGCUGGCACAACCCGUGGGACGAGAACGGCUUCAUGAUCCAGAUAUGCUGCCUCACGAUCGGGCCGGCCUUUAUGGCGGCCGGCUGCUACCUGUGCCUGAGGAGGAUCGUGAGCGCCUUUGGGCCCGAGAACUCGAGGCUGCCGCCCGAGUACUACACGCGCAUCUUCAUCCCCUGCGACGUCGUCUCGCUCGUGCUGCAAGCCGUGGGCGGCGCCAUGGCCGCGACGGCCGCGCACAACCACGACUCUGCCGACCUCGGGUCCGACAUCAUGAUUGCCGGGCUGGCCUUCCAGGUGGCGACGAUGCUGGGCUUCAUCACGGCCGCGUCCGACUUUGCCGUCGGCACGUACCGCCGCUACCGGGCGCAGGGCGCGUCUGCGCUGUGCCGGGACGCCGCGCUCGUGCGGAUGCGGCGCACGCUGCGGUUCAAGCUCUUCCUCGGCGCGCUGUCGCUUGCCUCGCUGCUCAUCCUGUGGCGGAGCGCCUUUCGCGUCGCCGAGCUGAGCGAGGGCUGGACGGGGCCCGUCAUGGCCGACCAGGGCAUGUUUGUCGGCUUCGAGGGCGUCCUCAUUGUCGCUGCCGUGCUGGCCUUGAACCUGUUCCACCCUGGCAUCUGCGCCAAGGAGCUGUUUGACGUCGGCGGCGGCCUCAAGGGGUGCUGGUGCAUGCGCAGGAAGAAGGGGGCUGCGGCAAAGGACGCGAGGAGUCUGAGUGAUGGCGAGACCAAGCCUGUGUAUGCCUCUGCGUAG